AUGAGAAUCAACUGCAAGACAUUGAUUGAAGGCAGAAAUAUUGGUUUAGUUCCUUAUUGUCCUCAUCAUGUAUUACAAUAUCAUCAAUGGAUGCAAUCUGCCGAAUUGCGAGCUCAAACUGCUUCAGAACCACUAACUUUAAGCCAAGAAUAUCAAAUGCAGCAAUCAUGGCAACAAGACGAAGACAAAUGUACUUUUAUUAUACUGGCUAGAAAAUAUUGGAAUGGCAUCAAAGAUGCUGAAAUUGAGAGUAUGAUUGGCGACGUCAAUUUAUUUUUUAACAAUCCGAAUGAUCCUCAUACUGCUGAAAUUGAAAUUAUGAUUGCGAAGAGUGAAUAUAGAAGAAAAGGAUUUGGUAGUGAAGCUUUACAAGCUAUGAUGAUAUAUGGUAUUACUCAACUUAAUACAGAAAAAUUUGUUGCUAAAAUUGGGAUGGAUAAUACCCCGAGUAUAUGCCUAUUCAAUAAACUUGGAUUUCAACAGAUCGAUGUUAGUAAAGUAUUUGAAGAAGUCACCCUACAAUUUGAUACCACACAUGAAAAUGUAGAGCGAUUAAAUAAGGCUACCUGCCAUUUAAAAACAAAAGAAUACCACCGCGAAUGA